AUGAACGCAAACGCACAGCGGGCGUACUUUAGGGCAAAAGGGGAAGAAACUGGAUGUUUGGCGUAUCGGGCUAGGACGCAUCGUCUUUUUGCUGAGCUGGAGCCAUCUUUAACCGUCACAGAGCAAAACCUGGCAGAACACGUUCGGUAUAUCUUGCGCUCAAAUAUAUUUGAUGUCGCCGAACUCGAACGGCUACGAUGUGAGGCUGUUCCCUCAGUUGUGGUUGAUUCGAACGAUGAUGGAACAGUCGCCCAGGAACUGGAAUUAGAGCAUAUGAGUACAUUGGAAGUGGCGAUUGUGGAAACGCGCAGUACGCUUCUCGAAAAUCGACCGCGACUUCCCCGCAUAGCCCUAAGAAAGCGGAAUCGGGCUGUCGUGAGGGCUCUGAACCCAAUGCUGGUGACCUAUUUGGAAGCCAGCCGGGACCUUUGCGAGACGGACUCAAUUCUUUUUGGCGCCGCGCUGGCAGCCUGCCGUAUCAUAGGCGCCAAGGUUUCCGCGGCUGGACGCGCUACUGGCCAAAAUAGCGCUAUCCCAGCAUGGAGAAGAACAAUUGAGGAACGUAUCGCAAAGGCUAGGGCUCUCAUCGGCAGAAUGAUAUGCUUCAGAUCAGGCAAUAACAGGCCAAGAAUUGUGCGCACCGUCAGGAUGGCGUUUGCUGGGACAAAUGUCAGUUUGUCCCAGCCGGAUAUAACGCAAAAACUGACGGAGUGCAUAGAUGAUCUGAAGCAGAGAAUCGCUGCUUGGGGAAGGCGGAUUCGGCGAUAUACCGAGAGGUCGACACGGUUCAACCAGAAUCGUCUCUUCCAGAGUGAUCAGAAGAGGCUUUAUGAAUCAUUGGAGCGACCAAUGGUAAGUGGAACGGGCGCAGCACCGAAUCAGGCCGACACUAUAGAAUUCUGGCGUGGCCUGUGGUCGGAGCCCGUAAACCACAGCGAGGGCCCUUGGACGGAAGUUGUGGCGAGUCAGUGUGCGAGUAUGACGCCCAUGGACCCCGUCAUUAUAACACCGAUCGUAGCUGAGGCAGUCCGUAGGGCCCCGAACUGGAAAAGUCCGGGACUCGACGGGCUGCAUCACUACUGGCUGAAGGGGUUCGUGGUAUUCAUGGCAUGCGUAUUUGGUGGCGACACACUUAUGGAAUUGCGUCAAGCUUUGCAGUUAGCAGAAACUGAAAGAAAGGGUGGAAUGUCGCCUCACAUAUCGCCCUUCACACGCAUACGAGAUAUUGGAGGUUUGCUAAAUGCAGCGGGCUUUACACUUCAAACGGUGGACGUGGAAGCAUUAACAAUAUGGUACCCGAGCGCGUGGCACUUGAUGCGGGACGUUCGUACACUAGGCGAGUCGAACGCCGCGUUGAAUCGACCGCUUCACCUCGACCGCGACGUGCAGUUCGCAGCCGCGGCCAUAUACGACGAAAUGUACGGCAAGGACUUUCCGGAGAAGAAUUCACGAGGUGUCCCAGCAACGUUUCAAAUAAUAAACUUCCUCGGUUGGAAACCCGAUCCGUCACAGCCGAAACCUCUAGAGAAAGGCACUGGGGAAGUAUCUCUUAAGGACUUGCACAAAAUAGACGAAAUAAUAAAAGAUACAAAUAAAGUUAAACUAAGCGAAGAAGAUAUGAAAUAA